UGCCACACCAACACACCCACACACCCACACACACCCACGCUCAUCCACACCCACGCUCAUCCACACCCACGCUCAUCCACACCCACACCCCACCCUAAAGUAACAAUAAUUGAUUAUGAAGGUCGAUUGAGACAGAUUCUUUUCUAUGCACUGUUUUGAAACUUGGACUCUGGCUGGCUGUGAAGUUUUUAAAGAUAAAACAUAUAUACCUAAAGAUGCUCUUUCAUGAUGCGAUAGCCUUGUCGUUGAUAUUGCGCAGAAUGAGCUCACACAUCGUCAUGAUAUCAUAUGUUAUCAAUCCUCUUUAUUGUUUUUUUCAGUAUAUCUUCACAUGGCGACAACAAUUAGUAAAAUCGUUUGCGUUAUUUGCAAAAAACCAAGGGGCACGGUGAAAUGUGGGGGAUGUUCAAAAGAGUUUUGUUUCGAUCACGUGAUCGACCAUCGCAAUGAACUGAGGGAACAAUUAUGUAAAACUGCAGAUCAAUAUAAUGAGUUCAAACUUGAAAUAGACUUGAGAAAAAUCGAGCCAAAAAAGGAUGAAUUGAUGAAGGAAAUCGACGAAUGGGAACGACAAUCGAUCAAUAAGAUUCGACAAUUGGCAAAUGAGGUUCGCUGCAAGCUUUCGUUACGCGUCACAAAUUUUAUGACUAAUUUGGAUUUGCAAUUGAAAAAAUUGACUGAACAACUAGAUCAAUGUUAUAAAGAGAAUGAUUUCAUUGACACAGACAUUUAUCUUUUCAAUGAUGAACUCAAACGAUUGAAAGGCAUUCUCAACCAUCCACCCACUUUAAAAAUUGAACAAAAAUCAACGUCUUUCAUCAAUAAAAUCCAUCUUGCAUCAAACGGUGAGUCUUAUGCUUUAUUUGAAAUCCAAAUAGCGGACACAAUUUUUUCUUUAUCUCUUUUUUUCGGAGGAUCACGAUGAAUUGUUCAAUCAUUGACUUUGCUUCCGAUCGGAGAGCUUCUAACACUACAGAAUUGAAUUAUUAAACUUACGAGGGGAGGUCCCAAAGUGUAACGCUCCGUUUUCAAUUUAGUAUUUGCCAUUUUGUACAGCGCAGUGAGUACAACAUGUACUAUAAAGAGUUCGUACCCAUACUGAACUUUUCAGGGACUACGCGGUACCAUAAAGGGGAUCCCAUACUAAUGGAGGAUAAAUUGUUAAUGAUAUUCUUCAUACUUUUUCUUUACGUAGAGGGCUGAAAUUUUUAUCACUUACAUAUCUUAUCAAGAUCCUUUAUUACUGAAAGUUUCAGCUCUCUAGCUGUAAUUAGCGGCGGGUGUGGGGUGUGUGUAGAUGUGGAUGCGGAUGUGUGCGGGUAUGAUAUUCGAGUGAAUCUUCUCUUCUUUCACAUCCACACCCUCCCACACCCACACUCACACCCACACCCACACCCACACCCACACCCCACACCCACACCCACACCCCACACCUACACUCUCACUCAUAGAAUUUCAUUAUUUGGAAUAUUUACAUAAUCACAAUUUUCAGAUAAUUUCAUCAUAGAGUAUCCAGUAAGAUCUUUGAACGAGAUCCAAAACUUAUUUUCAAAAAUUGAAGUAGAAAAUCCUUUGCAUCAUUCAGUUCACAGUGCUCCAAUAUUUUUGAACAAAGCCGAUACCUGUGCGUGGGUGUAUGGGUGAAGAAAAGAGCCACACCCUUCAAUAGUUGUUGAUUCGUAAAAGAGAAUUGCGCGACUUUGCUGUCCUAUUGCGAUGAUAAAAUAAUGUGAUUUUGAUAUUCAGACUUAUUUGAAAGGUAAAAACUCCUUUAGCGAGCGUUAGAUGAGUAUAAAAACAGAUUGUAAAUGGUUACAAUCGAAUGUCAAUAGAUCUUCAAUAGAAUACUUAAGAUUCUUUUUUAUUCAAAAUGAAUCAACAACGAAACUACUGUUGAUAAAUUGUUCGAAAUGGCAACUGAAUAAAACUAUUAUCUGUAUCGAACUUCUCUAUCUCGAAGAUUAGUAUUUAUCAAUGUAGAAUAAUAAAAUUCCACUGUUUAGCCUUGUGUUUUCUUUCAGAAUUGUGCCUGCGUAGUGCAAAUUUGAAUGCGAAUGCAAAAUGGGUUCAGAAUGGUACCACUGUGGCUGGAGGAAGUGGAGAAGGCAGUAGAAUAGAUCAGCUGCACUAUCCAUGGGGUCUGUUUGUUGAUGAUAAUCAAACCGUCUUAAUUGCUGACAGUUCAAAUCAUCGUAUUAUGGAAUGGAAAUGUGGUGCAAUAACUGGCCGAGUUGUGGCCGGUGGAAACGGAGCUGGAAAUUGUGCGAAUCAGUUAAAUUGUCCGACAGAUGUAAUUGUCGAUAAAGAAAGACAUUGUCUGAUCAUUUGUGAUCAUGGCAAUAAAAGAGUAGUUCGAUGGCCUCGUGGCAAUGGUACAAGUGGAGAAACGAUAAUCUCAAAUAUCUGGUGUUGGGGCUUGACAGUGGACGACGAUGGAUCUAUCUAUAUUGUUGACCAUAUAAAACAUGAAGUCAGACGAUACCGAAUGGAAGAAAGUCAAGGAACAGUGGUUGCAGGUGGAAAUGGACAAGGAAAUCAUCUCAAUCAGUUGAGCAAUCCCCGAUACGUGUUCGUCGAUCGAGACCAUUCAGUAUACGUAUCGGACACAAACAAUCAUCGUGUGAUCAAGUGGGUAGAAGGAGCAAAAGAAGGCAUUGUUGUGGCCGGUGGUCAAGGUCAAGGAAAUGGUCUUACACAACUGUCAGAUCCUUACGGAGGAGUUGUUGUGGAUCAGUUAGGUACUGUGUAUGUGGCUGACUAUAACAAUAAUCGAAUAAUGCGUUGGCAUCAAGGAGCCGCACAGGGAAGUCUUAUCGUUGGUGAGCAUGGUCAAGGAAAGCAACCGAAGCAGAUCUAUCUACCUAUCGGUUUGUCAUUUGAUCGACAAGGUAAUCUCUACUCAAGUUUUGCCUGUUUCUCUGACAUUGAUGGUGUCAUUACAAAAGGUCCAAAUUUUAUUGCAGCUGCUAAACCAGCUAUUCAAGCAUUGAUUCAACUUAUUGUGCCUGUUAUAUUUGUUUCAAAUACAUGUAUGCUUGAAUCAGAUAAAGCUAAACAACUUUCAGCUGCACUUAGAGUUACUGUGAGUUUCUUUUUUCUAAUUCAUUCGAUCUUUUAA